GGCUUACGGGUUCUGGGAACAAUCUGUUUAACCGAAAGCCGCCCGGCUUUAGCAUAUGUCGCCCGGCUUUCGGGGACGAGUGUUUUAUUACCUGUUCUGUUUAAACACAAACACACGCACACAACGCCCAAAAGACGCCCGGCGAACGAGAGAGCUCGAACGACAACCCCCAUUCUUCACGUUUCUUCUCCUCUUUCAAGCUCAAAACAGGUUCAAAUGGCUCCAAAGGGGAAGUCCGUUAGCACCGAGGCUGGCCCGAGCAAUCCCAAGCGGGCAAGGAACAACAAGGCACCCGCGGCCUCCUCCACCAUCUUGCCUUCUAGCCGGUUUGUCAACACCAAGUGCUAUGAACGGUACUUGGAAUCUAGGGACAACGAUUUCGUUGUUGAGAAGACGGUGUCACAACCUAUUGACCACGAGUACCGGCUCACCGAG